UGGGUUUUUUGAAGGAAAUUAGGGUUGGGGGUGAGAAUGUAUUGAGUGUGUUAGCAUUGUUAAGGGUCCUGACUCUGUUCCUCCUCCUACUUUAUGUAGAAAUUGAGGAGAUGUCUCUAGAAGGGACCAUGAGUGUAGUGGGGAGUGAGGUGAUGCCCUUGGAUUACGGGAGCAUGGAUUCAGAGAGCAGUCCGUCUCCCACCAGUUCGGAGAGGACGGUGGAGGAAAGGAGGGAGCAAAGGGUAGUAGAGGAGGAGGAAGAUGAGAUCCCCUCAAACAUUUUGGAGGCGGGGAGUAGCGUAGAUGGGUGCUAUGACCCAGAUUUAGAGAUAGUGUCUGAGGUGAGGGGAUAUGCAAGUGAACUAGGUAACAAGGGUAGUCUUAGGGGCCUCGUAGGUAACUACAACCUUCCUCACCAUGUCCUACUUAGACCUGCCGAGUUAAAUGAGGAUGAGGUGGAGGAGGUAGAAAAGCUGGUGAGGGAGGAAGGAGACGUAGUGGACAUCUUGUACCUCACCAGCCCGAAGGCAAUAGAGGCUGCUGAGCUCUAUGGGCCAAGCUCAUUGAGCGAAGCUGAGAUGGACGAGUUCAUUAAUGCUGUUGGGGGCCUGCACAUCCCAAAGAAACCAAGGAAGAAGUCAAAGACUUCAACUAUGGCGGAGAAGGGGGUGGUAGAGAGGGAGCGGCUGUCCAGCACUUCUACCCGAGCGUUGGAGUUGCAGCCAAGGCUAGAGCUUGUGAUGGGGGCUAGUGAGGAUGUGAGCGAAGAGGUGGCACCGCUCCAAAGGAAGAAAAGGAGGGUGGCAGAGCCAGAAGCCAGGGGGGAUGAGGUGGUGGAGUUCGUGCCCCGGCCUUCUCCUCCAAAAAUUGAUCCUGAAGUCUGGGAAAGGGAGGAGGCCGAGGUACAGGGUCCUGGCAAAGGCAAGGGACCCUUCUCCCAACCUCGUUCCAGAAGAGCAAAGGAUGAGGCGGUGAGCCAGCUAGCUAGGGGCUACUGUUGUGAGGCAUGCUCUGGAGAUAUUGCAAGCUGGACAAAUGCUCUAACGCAGGAGUACGCGGAAAGUGUGAGAGAUCGUGCUAGCUUGCUGAGUAGUGUGAGCAGCUGCAGAAGGAGAGGGAAGAGCCACAGAAGGAGAAGGAGGAGUGGGAAAGGGAGAAGAGGGAGAUGUAGAGAAGAACGUAAGAGGAAAAUCUGUGAGAAGAAGCUCGAAGCUCAAGACAAAUAUAUUGACAACAUGAGGAAAGGAGCGGCGGAGCUAAAGAAGAACGUCAAUCUGCUAGUUCACAACGGGAUGGAAGAGCACAUUAGCAAUUUCCUCAACUCCAGUACCUUCCAGAACAUCCUCAAGCUAUACCGUUUACCAACCGCAAUCGUGGCCUUCACCGACUGUAGAAAGAAGGUGAAGGCCCAGUACCCAGAGGUGGACGUGACAACGGUCACCUUUGGGGAACAAGAAGAAGGAGUGGAGGUGGAUGGUGAGAGUCUUUCUGCUGACUUCCGACCUCUAAUCAAGCUGAGGUGGGAGCAUGACGCAGAGGGACGCACUAUCUUCCUUCCAGCCUUUAAUGUUGAGCUGGUGGCAGUGGAGGAAGGAGAAGAAGAAGAAGAAGCGCAAGGAGCUGAAGCUGAGGAUCAGGCUAGAUGGUAAGGUGUUUCACAUAUUUCAAUUAAUUAUAACUUUAGAA